AUGGUCAACUCAACAAUCCGUGCAAUCCGCGUCGAAGAAUACGGUGACGCCUCAGUCCUCAAAUACACCAUCAUCCCGCGCCCUAUUCCACAACACAACCAAGUCCUUGUCAAGGUCGCCUACGCGGGCAUCAACUUUGGCGAUGUCGGACAGCGCUCAGGGUUCUACCCCACCCCAGUUCCCUUCACGGCUGGUGGUGAAGGUUCGGGCGAGAUUGUGGAAUUGGGGCCCGAUGUUGAGCAUGGGUUCAAGGUGGGCGAUCGAGUGACGUUUAUGGCGUAUGGAGCGUAUACAGAUUAUGCAGUUGUUGAUACUGGGCGGUUGGGCAAGUUGCCUGACCAUGUCUCCCUCGAGCUGGGUGCCGCGUUCCUGGCGCAGGGGUUGACAGCAGUGGCGUUGACUGAACAAGCCUACACUGUCAAGAAGGACGACUGGGUUGUUAUCCAUGCUGCCGCCGGAGGAAUGGGUCUCCUCCUCACCCAACUCAGUCACCGCCUCGGCGCCCACGUCAUCGGCACCGUCUCCUCCAACGAAAAAGCCGCCCUCGCCCGCGCCAACGGCGCCGACCAUGUCGUGGUCAUCCCCGCCAACAAGUCCGCAUCCUACGAAGCCCUCGAGAAAAAAGUCCACGAGUUGACCAAUGGCCAAGGCGUACAUGUCGUGUACGACAGCAUCGGCCAAGCAACCUUCGAGUCCAGUCUCGAAAUCGCCCGUCGUCUCGGGACUUUGGUUCUCUUUGGCAGCACCAGUGGCGAUAUCUCGCCUCAGAGUCUGACCCGGUUGGCCGGGAAGAACUUGAAGGUGACUUGGGUUAGUCUGCUGCAUUACACGACUACGUUCGAGGAGUUUGAUGAGUUGUAUCAGAAAACGUUGAAGUUGUUGGAUGAUGGUGGGUUGAAGGUGCAGGUGUCAAAGGUGUAUGAGUUUGAGGAUGCGAAGCAGGCCCAUUUGGAUCUGGAGGGACGCAAAACCACUGGCAAGUUGCUACUUAAGGUCAACUAG